AUGCGCAAUAGCCCACGAGGUAUGCAGCAGCAGCCUCCCUACCGCGGGGGCCAGGCUGGAUUCUAUCAGCAACAUCACAGCCCUCAUCAACACCCGCAGGUUAUGGGGCGACGAAGCAACAACGUCAGCCCGCUGGGUGGAAGCCGGAGUGGUAACAUGGGCACUCCUCCUCAUCUUGAUCGCCAUCGCACGAUACGUUUGGUGCGUCCCAGCAGCAAUACUGUGGUUUGUACGCGUCUAAACCGUAUUAUCCCAACCUUUGCCGAGGCAAAAAGUGGUGCAGUGGUAUGUGAGGAAUUUAUGGAUAAUAAAAACUGCCCAUAUGGCGACUCAUGUACGCAAGUACAUGUUGCAAGGGAACACACAUGGGACUUCAUUACAUCCGAAACCAAUAGAAGCACGGGUCUGUUUGAACGUGGAUUUGUUGUUCACUGCUACGAUCCGCGGAUGACACGGUACUACCCGAUACCCAGCGAAUUGGUCUUAAAUACACGCGGCAGUCGCGAGUAUAUUAAGAUGUACAACGAACAUGGAGAUAAUUUUAAGGCCAAAUUCAAACUCUGUGAGCGUAUGCUUACUUGUGGGGAAUGCAGUUUGGGAGAAUCUUGCGAUGAUAUUCAUGCCAUUCGAAACGAUCUUUGGAAUAUGGAGAGCACAACCACCCACAUUGCAGAACCAGAGCAGUUAUCACACUAUUCUCGUCUUCCGGCGAAUGUUACAGUGCGCGCCUUUGAACAGAAUAGUAAGGAUUCCUUUGUUGAUUAUCCCGGUGAUCAGGUGCUUUUGACGUUGGGCUCCCUUCAGUACUUGGCGGCGUUUGAAGCUGAGGGUGCUAUUCCAAAGAAAAAGAUGCAACACUGUGCUCAUUUUCGGACCAAUCGCCUCUGCCGAAGAGGUGAAGACUGUCGUUUUCUCCAUAUUGUGACAGAUAUGCCUGGAUCGGUUGGUAAUUCGGUUUUGGGGGAAAUAAGCCCCCAGAGCGUUUCUCGUGGCGAUUCUCCCACCUCCGAUAUCACCGUCAACCCGCGUGUUCGCCACGGUGGUCCUUUCAUUAGUGGGGGUCAAGUGGCUGCUAGGUUUGCACAAUGGUAUUAUCCCGGGGUAGCUGACGCGGCGUCCUCAAAUGUCAUUCAGGGCAACGCAGGGGACCCGACGUUCAGCAGCAGCGGCGUCGGCACGGAAGGCAACAACCCUGCAUUCGUAGCACAGGGGGAGCCUCCAGCGUCGAGUGUGACGCCUCCAGCUAUUGUGCCGCCUCGAAUGGCUUCCCCCAAUCCGGGACAAAUGGGCAUGACCAGUAGGAUGCGAAUGAUCAGUCCUACGCGGCGCAACGAUCCGUACCGCAUGUACCCUGAAGGGGAGACACCCCCCUCGAGUUCCCAUUGA